CUUCCCCACGCCUCCCCCGCCGCAAGGGCUGCAGCAGCCGCCCUCAGCGGGCGGGACUACAGGGCGCCCGCGGGGCCGGGCGGGUGCAGGCGAUCAGUUAGCAGGACCCCGCCCUCUCCGGCCCGCCUCAGACUCCCAGGGGAAUAUCCUAGGGAGCUGGCCAGAGAUGCUUAAAUAGUCCUCUGUAAUUGGGUGCAAGUGGCAGACUUUUCUUUCUGCACACCUCUGCUAUCUGCUCAGCCUCAGAACACUCUCUUUAUAGCCUUGGACAUGGCGUGGUCCAAAAAGGUUACCCUCUCACUGCGCAGCCGCGAGCAGUCGGAAGGGGUUGGAGCGCGGGUCCGCAGAAGCAUCGGCAGACCUGAGUUAAAAUAUCUGGAUCCAUUUUUACUGUUUGAUGAAUUUAAAGGCGGUAGACCAGGUGGAUUUCCUGAUCACCCGCACCGAGGUUUUGAAACAGUAUCUUACCUCCUGGAAGGGGGCAGCAUGGCCCAUGAAGACUUCUGUGGACACACUGGUCAGUUGAACCCAGGAGACCUGCAGUGGAUGGCCGCGGGCCGGGGCAUCGUGCACGCCGAGAUGUGUUGCUCAGAGGAGCCAGCCCACGGCCUGCAACUGUGGCUUAAUUUGAUGAGCCCAUAGAAGAUGGUGGAGCCUCGGUACCAGGAACUGAAAAGCAACGAAAUCCCUAAAGCCAGUAAGGAGGCCGUGACGGUUGCUGUCAUUUCUGGAGAAGCCCCGGGAGUCAAGUCCAAGAUUUACACUUACACACCAACUUUAUAUUUGGACUUCAGAUUGGGCCAAGGAGCAAAGCAUUCCCAGCCUAUUCCUAAAGGGUGGACAAGCUUCAUUUAUACCAUAUCUGGAAAUGUACAUAUCGGCCCUGAUGACACACAACAACAAAUAGAACCUCAUCACACAGCCGUGCUGGGGGAAGGUGACAGUGUCCAGGUGGAGAACAAGGAUCCUGAGAGAAACCACUUCAUCGUGACUGCUGGGGAGCCAUUAAGAGAACCCGUUGUCCAACAUGGUCCAUUUGUGAUGAACACAGAUGAAGAGAUUUCUCAGGCCUUUCUUGAUUUCAGAAAUGCGAAAAACGGCUUUGAAAGAGCCAAAACCUGGAAAUCAAAGAUUGGAAACCAGUGACAAGCACAAGGGCAGGUCUGGCUGCCUUCUAGGAUUUUGCCCUUUGUGGCAUCCAGCCGUUCAGUGCCUCCAGUCUCCAAAGCUGACUCCGCCAAUGCUUCGAAAGAAUUGCACGCUCAAGUGAUGACAUGUUUUCUAUAGCAAUGUCUGUGAGGUAUUUCCUGGCCCAAGCAAAUAAGCCUAGUUGUUG